AUGGCGUCGUUUGGUUGGAUUCUGAGACUGGUCGGUUGGGCCUGGGUUGGGUGUGAUACUGGGCCUGACUUCUCUUUUAAAAACUGGACCUGCACUGAUCUAUCUGAGAUUUCAUCUUUAAAGGGCCUUCUACAUGAACAAUUCAGAAUUAAGGACUUUAGUUCUCUUAAUUAUUUUCUGGGAAUUGAGGCUCUUUACUGUAAUUCUGGAGUUCUUCUUCAUCAAAAGAAGUUUAUUCAUGACUUGUUAGAGUCAGUUGACUCUUCUGCCUCUUCAGUUAUUGUUUGUCCUCUUACUAUCAAUGAGAAACUGACGGCUUCUGUUGGUGAUCCUUUGCCCAAGCCUGAAGAAUAUAGAUGCUUAGUGGGCAAGUUAAAUUUUUUAACCCACACACAGCCUGAUAUUAGUUUUGCAAUCCGGCACCUUAGCCAGUUCCUGCAAACCCCUCAUGUUCCUCAUAUGCAGGUUGCUUUACAUCUCUUGCGCUAUUUGAAAGGGACUUCUGAAUUUGGGUUAUUCUUCAGUCAUUCUCCUGACCUUGCAUUAAGAGCCUAUUGUGACAGUGAUUGGGCUUCUUGUGCUGAUAGUAGAAGGCCUAUCACUGGUUUUUGUGUCUUUCUAGGAGACUAUUUGGUGAGUUGGAAAUCUAAGAAACAACUUGUGGUCUCUCUUUCCUCUGUUGAAGCUAAAUAUAGGGCCAUGAGUAAAGUUGCAGCUAAAGUUACUUGGCUCUCCAGAUUAUUGUUUGAUUUUGGUCUUCCUUCUUCUUUUCCUGUUUCUUUAUACUGUGAUAACCAGACAGCUUUGCAUAUUGCUCGCAAUCCAGUCUUUCAUGAACGGACCAAACAUAUAGAGUUGAACUGUCAUUUUGUCAUAAGUAAAAUUGGUGAUGGGCUGAUUAGCUUGGCCCAUGUCUCCAGUGAUGCUCAAGUAGUUGACAUUCUUACAAAAGGCUUCCUGGGCCUGCUCAUCAUUUUUAUCUUUGCAAGUUGGGGAUUUUAUCACCCUCCAACUUGA